AUGUCGCUACCAGUUAAAAAAAACAAAUCGCGCUCCUCAAGAGCCGGCCUGCAUUUUCCGGUUGGAAGAAUACACAAAAUACUCCGUAAGGGAAACUUCGCGCCGAGGAUUGGGGCUGGUGCUCCGGUGUACUUGGCGGCUGCUUUGGAAUAUCUCGCAGCUGAAAUCUUGGAGUUGGCAUCGGAAGCGGCCAGGGAUAAUAAGAAGGGAAGAGUCGUGCCGAGGCAUAUCCUGUUCGCAAUUAGGAAGGACGAGGAACUGAACAGAAUGCUAACUGGUGUGACGAUUUCGCAAGGAGGCGUCAUACCUCGUAUACAACCUCAGUUGCUACCUAAGAAGACCGUUAAAAAUAAUACCACUACGUGA